CUUGAUUUGGUUCGAUUGCGUCGACAUUAUUGAACCUAACUAAAGUAUAUAAAAUGAUAUAUUAAUGAAAUUUUACAUUCCGAUCAAAAAAAAUUUUUUUUUUUUAUGCAAAGUACCGAUAAUAAGUUAUAAAAAUUUCAUAAACGAUCAUAAAACUAUUGUAUAUAAGAUUAACCAAAAAUGUCGAUAAAGCUUCCUGUAGAGUGCCUCAUCGAGAUCUUUGAAUUUAUAAUUCAACAAAAUUUUGAUUACUAUACGUUACGUUCAUGUUCAUUGGUGAAUCGACAAUGGUGCGCAGUAGCAAUUCCCAUGCUUUGGGAAGAACCAUUAAUGAAUCUUCAACAACACGAGUUGGCUCACGAAAAGAUUUGUAUGCUCAUCACAACUUACAUAAUGUGCCUAAGUGAUGAAGCAAAAAUAAUUCUUUCUAAAUGUGGAGUAAAAAUGACGCCGACACUAAAAAGAAGAGCUACCUUCAAUUAUGCAUCGUAUUUACGACAUUUGGAUAAUGUAAUAUUGUUUGAUGCAACGGAAAUGUGGAUCGGAAGUUGUAAUACAACACCAUCAGAGGAACAAUGUUUUAUUCCAAUAUUUCAAACUUAUCAAUUGCUUGAACAAUUAUAUAAUAAUUUUAUAGAAAGUUGUGAUAAUUUAAAACAACUUAAUUUGAGAAGAUCGGAUCAAGUAAAGAGUCUCUCGGAUUCAUUUUUAAGACUUCAUUUUUUUCCUGGGGCGGAAAAAUCUUUGUCAUGGCUUAACGAAUUUUCAUUUGAUGGAUGUAUAGAACCGGAAAUUUUCUUUCAAGCAUCUAAAAUUAGUUAUAAUAUUCAACAUUUACGAAUUAAUUGUGUUUGUAUUGAUAACAAAGGAUUGGCAGAAUUAAUUCAAGUUCAACGAAAACCGUUACUUAGCUUAUCAAUAGAAACUACUACUACAAAAUUUCAAUUUCCGAUUAUUGAAAAUUCUUUAAAGCAUAAAAUUAAUUUUCUUACAUCAUUAUCUCUUCAUAGAAUGUUUUCAAUGGAUAUUUUUUCAAACUGUAAUAAUUUAGAAAAACUAGCAAUAACUCAUGUGGAACCUUUUGGCAAAGAUCUUAUGGAAAAUUUUGUUAAUUCUAAGUUUCGAAAAUUACGUGAACUUCAACUUCAAUUAGAUUUUCCUUAUCUUUAUCAGAUAUCAACCUUGAUUAAGAAUACGGGUGGAAGUUUAACAAGUAUAUAUUUAUAUUGGAUAACGCCACAAGAUACAAAUAAUUUCUCAUUAUUAAUCUCCACAAUAAUCAUGUAUUGUCCUAAUCUUACAGAAUACCUUGGGUCUUAUGCAAAUGUAGUUAUUAAUUAUUUUUUACCUUUAUUCUUUCAAAAAUGUUCAAAGUUGGAAUAUUUUUAUAUAUUUAAUAAUGUUAAUGGUUCACUAUGUUAUGACAUAAGUAACGUAAUGAAAGCAAUUAGUAAGAAUAUACCAAAAAAUUUGAAAAUGAUGUGGUUAUCCGAAAAUUGGUCUUGUAAUACUGAAGCAUUGAAUUUAUUCUUGGAAGGUUGUGAAAAAAGAUUAAGUAAACCUUUAUUAUUUUCUAUUUGUAAUAGAACACGUCAACAUGAUGAAAUUAUUGAGAGAUAUAUUUUUAAAAAUGUUUUAGCCAAUAAUUGAAAAAAUUUUUUAAUCUUUAUUAUUAUUAUUAAUAUAAUACUUAAUUUUAGUAUUUAUUUUAUAAUUUAUAAUUUAUCAAAUUUUAUUACGAGC